ACUGGAGACCGCCCAUAGAGUAUCGAACCCCUCUCGCCCGAUAGUGCGAAGACUAUAUAAGGGUCUAACCAGCGUCGGCCACGUUGCCAGUCUGGUACCUUCGGUCAGCUGGCGCAGCAGUGCUCAAAAUGAUUGGAAUACCAGCCCUGUUCCUGCUGUCGCUGGCAUCCAGCGUCCUCGGCGGGGAUUACCACACUACCGUCACCGAAACAGCUGCCCCAGUCAGCGUGUCCCAUGCUGACAGUAACGCUGCUGGGACCACCGACCACGCCGCUCUGACCAGUGUGCAUAGCAAUGUUCACGCUGAUGUGCACGCCGUUACAACGGGUUCGGCUACUGUGGGUUCCGUCCAGGCAGCGCCAUCAGUCGCGUCUUUCCACGGGGACUCGACCAUGACAGCAGUUCACGGUUAUCCAGGUGUGACUUCCUUCCACGACGCAGCGGCGCCACACACUCUUUACGCUGCUCCGGUGGUCAAUGCCGUGCACACUUCGGUCUCCGGCAUACCAGCUGCAGUGAGCGCUGUUCACGAGUCCUCCGCAGCCGUCACUAACGCGCACGCUGCUCCAGCUGUAGCGACGCCAGCCGUCGGGACUCUGCACACUUCCGUUGAAGGUGCGUCGGCCGUGGGCACUGUUCACGCUUCGCCUACCGCCACGACCGCAGUCCCCGGCGCACCAGCGGUGACGAUGGUCCACAGCUCUCCAGCCGGUGUUUCUAAGGUCGACACUACUUCGGCCUAUCCUGCACCGACGGUGACUGCGUACCAAGAUGGCUCCCCCUACCCAGCCUACUACAACCCACAGUUUGCUUACAGUCCGUACUACCAACCCUUUCCCUUUGUCAACGGUGGUGCAGCAUCGGCUUCGAAGAUGACCUACCAAUCACCGUAUGGGCAGAGCGCGUACCAACCUGCUGCGGUUGACUCGGGCUACUACCAGCCUUCCCCUUACUUUGGCUACGUUCCUGGCUUUGGUAGACCCUCUGCAUACCCGACGGCUACGGUGUUCCCUGCUUACCCCGCAUCACCAGCUGCGAACGCUUACCAGACUGGCUCCGCCAUGACGCCUGCUCAGAACGCGCCAUCCGUUACCAAGGCUACAAUGGUGGGCAGCUACCCAAGCUCUCACGUUGUUUCAACCAUGUUCCACGACGCCGCUCCAAGCGUCGCAGGUGACCAUCACGCUAUGCCUGCUGUCGCAACCACAUCCACCACUUACCAGACAAAUCCAGGCGUUACCCCAGUUCACUCCACUCAGGGCAUUGCGACUGUGCACUCCACUCCAGCCACGGGUACUACGUCAGCCACAUACCAGGCCACUCCAGAAGUUGGAUCUGUCCACACGGGUCCAGCUGUGGCCACCACUUACCAGGCGGCCGACCAUGCUUUCUCCAAUGUUCAGCAGACCCCAGCUGUGAGCCCCUUUCCAGCAUUCCCCUUUUACCAGACUGUGCCCGUGGCUGAUCAAACGACAAAAGUAGACUCGUAUCAGACAUCUCCAGCCGUUGGCGCGGUUCAUUCGUCCGCACCAGCCCUUACCUCUGUUCACGAGUCUGCCCCUGCAACGGCCACUCUGCACUCAGCGGACCCCAAGCCGUAGGUGUCCACGAAGCGACACCAGCAGCUGUUGCCACCUUUCACUCGGCCACUCCAGGCGUAACCACCGUUCACGACACUGGCUCCGCAGGGCCUAACCUGCACGCGGCGUCACCAGCCGUGGCGACCACAACCAGCGCCGUCCACGAGGCUGCUCCUGCUUUGACAAGCGUCCAUGCCGCGCCGGUGGCGUCGGGCUCGCCAGCUGGAGUCACAAGCGUCGGGGCCCAUCACGUUGCUCCAGCCGUGACCGCUGUUCAUGGCGCCGACGCUGGACUAACCGUGCCCACGGCUGUCCACGCAGCUCCUGCGGUAGCCACGACGUACGGAGCUGACCCGACGGUGACGGGCGUCCACGGGUACCCCUUCGCAGCAGGGUAUGGCAUUGGACCGGCAUUUGACUACGUUCCGGCGUAUGGUUACGGCGUGCAAGACCUCGGUUACGGCGUGGCUCCCUUCGGUGCUGAACUUAGCCACGCCUUCCCGCACUAUGGACUCAACUACGCCUACGGCCUUGGUCCCAUAAACUACAACGCACUCUACCUCCGCCGUAAGAAGAAAUAAACCAAAUAUGACAUCUAUCAUCAAAGUCAUCCACAUCACCUGCAUCUCACCGUCCAAUAGACAAAUCCGCGGAAGAAGCUCAACUACUGCCGGUUGUGAACCAAAACCUACCGAAAAGAUCAACGCGUGCUGCUAAUGGAGGUCAAUAAAUUGUUUCACUAACGUGUCAAUGG